AUGAUUUUAUCUGGGCAAAAUGUUGACCAAGACAGAUCCCAAGCAGCAGACCUUUUACCAAAAAAUUAUAAAUCAGUUGAUGAAGAACUUGAUGAUCAUAUUUGGGUGAAUAAAAAAAUUGAUGAAAAAGCUAAUAGUUACUUUGAAGUUUUACUAGCAGCUGCUAGAAAUAAAAAUUCUUGGAAAGUUGUGAGUAGACCUACUUAUAAUUAUACUGCAUAUGCAGCAGUGCAAUUAAUGAAAACUAAUUUGGUUAAUGAGGCUGUAGAUACAAUAAUGAUUGAUGAGGAUGAAAAUACAAUAAUAAUUGAUAAUGCUGAAUUAGACAAUAUGUUAGAAAAAGACAGUAAACAAAUUGAUAAAGAAACUAAGGCUAGGGAGCUUACAAAACAAAAUGUAUUUGUACAUAGGCCUUAUUGA